AUGAGAAACAACACUUUGAGUGAAUUCAUCCUGCUGGGGCUCACAGACACCCCAGGGAUUCAGAUGUUCAUGUUCAUAUUUCUCUUCCUCGCCUACGUCUUCAGCAUCAUUGGAAACCUCUUCAUCAUCGCCCUCACGCUCCUGGACGCCCGCCUCCAGACGCCCAUGUACUUCUUCCUCAGGAAUUUCUCCUUCCUGGAGAUUGCUUUCACAACCACGUUCACGCCUAGGCUGCUGUUCAGUAUCUCAACGGGAAAUAAGACCAUCAGCUUUGCUGGGUGCUUCACUCAGUACUUUUUUGCCAUUUUCAUCGGGGCCACUGAGUAUUACCUGCUGGCCGCCAUGUCCUACGACCGCUAUGUGGCCAUCUGCAGACCUCUGCACUACACGGCCAUCAUGAGCCCCAGGGUGUGUGUCCAGUUGGUUCUCUGCUCUUGGCUGGGGGGAUUCCUCAUCAUCUUGUGCCCAAUCAUCCUCACCAGUCAGCUGGACUUUUGUGCAUCCAAUAGACUCAAUCACCAUUUUUGUGACUAUGGUCCCCUCAUAGAGAUAGCCUGCUCAGAUACAAGACUCCUGGAACUAAUUGACUUUAUCUUAGCCGUCGUGACCUUGGAGGUCACGCUGGUGCUGGUCAUUAUCUCCUACACACACAUCAUCAGGACCAUUCUGAAGAUCCCGUCUGCCCAGCAUAGGAAAAAGGCCUUUUCCACCUGCUCUUCCCACAUGAUUGUCAUCUCCCUGUCUUACGGAAGCUGCAUCUUCAUGUACGCAAAACCCUCAGCAAAAGAAGGAGUUGCCUUCAACAAGGGGGUGUCUGUGCUCAAUACCUCGGUUGCUCCUCUGCUGAACCCAUUCAUUUACACCAUAAGGAACAAACAAGUAAUACAAGCCUUCAAGGAUGUAGUCAGAAAAGCAGCAAAACUUCAUUAG